AUGUUCAAGAAGGAUACUGGAGAGGAGCUGUCCGACUACUUUUCCGAAUUCUCGCCGGAGCCAAUUGGAGCUGCGUCUCUCGCCCAGGUUCACCUGGCCACUGUCAAGGAAACAGGGCAGAGAGUGGCAGUCAAAGUUCAGCAUCCCGGGUUGGCACUCUGGGCCCCAUUAGACUUGGCCUUGACAAAAUUCACCUUCAAGACGCUGAAGAGAUUCUUCCCGGAGUACGAUCUUGAAUGGCUAUCAUCUGAAAUGGAGCUCUCGUUACCCCAAGAACUCAAUUUUGAGAUAGAGGCAGAGAAUGCAAUGCGAACGAAGGCGCACUUUGAAAAGAUUCCAAAGCUGCCGCUGGUCAUCCCGAAUGUUAUUUGGGCGAAGAAGCGUAUUUUGGUCAUGGCCAAUGAGUCUGGGCACCGCCUCGACGAUUUGGAGUAUCUGGACUCCAAUGGCAUCGACCGCGAUGAGGUGUCGGCUGCAUUGGCGAAAAUCUUCAACGAGAUGAUUUUUGGCGAGGGGGCGCCACUUCACUGCGACCCUCACGGCGGUAAUAUCGCAAUUCGAAAGAAUCCGAAGCGACGCGGGGCCAAUUUCGAUGUUAUUCUGUACGAUCACGGUCUGUAUCGUGACAUCCCUCAGGAUCUGCGCCGAUCAUAUGCCAAAAUGUGGCUUGCCGUCAUCGACGGAGACAUGGAGCGCAUGAAGAAAUACACAAAGGAGGUCGCUGGGGUCAAUGAUGAGCAAUUCCCGCUAUUUGCAUCGGCCAUCACGGGCCGUGACUUCAGUGUGGUCAGUUCGUCGAUCUUGGAGCCGAGGUCUGCAGAUGAGAAGGAAAACAUCAGCGACGCCUUGCAGGAGGGUCUCCUUGAGAACUUAAUCCAAAUGCUGGGCCAAGUUCCAAGAAUCAUUCUCCUGAUUCUCAAGACCAAUGAUCUCACUCGGAGCUUGGACGAGAGUCUGCACACUCGGUCGGGUCCGGUGCGAAGCUUCCUCAUUCUCGCGAGAUACUGCAUGCGAACCGUGUUCAACGAGCAGGUUGAGGAAAUCCGGAAGCUGGGAUCACUGUAUUGGCCGCCAAAUACUCUGAGGCUCCUGGCGGCUUGGGUGGGAUUCUUGAGGGUUGAGACCAAAUUAAAAGCAUUCGAGCUCUGGCUCAGCAUAAAGAGGGCGGUGGGACUACAAGGCGCAACAACGGGAUACUGA